AUGAAGCAGCUCCACAAGUCUUCCCCCACCCACGCGCCAUCGUCGGCGCACGCGCCGGCUCCCAAGGCCGCCAAGCCGGCGCGCCCCGGCCCGCGCUCCUGGAUCGGGUACGUCCUCCGCGAGCAGCGCCUCCUCUUCGUCCUCCUCGGCGCGCUCAUCGCCUCGACCUUCUUCCUCCUCCGGCCCUACCUCUCGCUCUCCCCGUCCUCCCACCUCCCCGACGCCCGCCCGCUCUUCUCCUUCGCCGCCCGCUCCGGCGUCCCCGCCGGCUUCCGCCCGCCGCCGCGCCGCGUCGUCGUCACCGGCGGGGCAGGGUUCGUCGGCAGCCACCUCGUCGACCGGCUCCUGGAGCAGGGGGACAGCGUGAUCGUGGUCGACAACUUCUUCACCGGCAGGAAGGAGAACGUUGCGCACCACCUCCGGAACCCCAGUUAUAUGCACGGAUAUGAGGGGAAGGUUGUCGCCAACUUUUGCAGCUUGUGUCCAUUCAGUAUCCAUAUAAAUGUUUUGUGUUUCUUUUGUCUCAAAUUUGGACUUCUUAACACUUUGUACAAGACAAAUGUCAUGGGAACUUUGAAUAUGUUGGGUCUGGCAAAGCGAAUUGGUGCAAGGUUUUUGUUGACUAGCACAAGUGAAGUUUAUGGUGAUCCCCUUGAGCAUCCACAGAAGGAGUCAUACUGGGGGCACGUUAAUCCUAUAGGUGUUAGGAGCUGUUAUGAUGAGGGGAAGAGAACAGCAGAGACUUUAACUAUGGACUAUCAUCGUGGUGGUGGUGUUGAGGUGCGUAUUGCACGCAUUUUCAAUACAUAUGGUCCUCGUAUGUGCCUCGAUGAUGGCCGUGUCGUCAGCAAUUUUGUUGCACAGGCACUGCGAAGACAACCGAUGACAGUUUAUGGUGACGGGAAACAAACUCGAAGUUUCCAAUAUGUUUCUGAUCUGGUUGCUGGGUUGAUGGCUCUAAUGGAGAGUGAUCAUAUUGGUCCUUUCAACUUGGGUAACCCAGGAGAGUUUACCAUGUUGGAGCUAGCACAGGUUGUUAAGGAAACAAUUGACCCAAUGGCAACCAUUGAAUUCAAACCCAAUACAGCUGAUGAUCCCCAUAUGAGAAAGCCAGAUAUCACCAAGGCUAAGCAACUGCUACAUUGGGAGCCAAAGGUCUCUCUCAAAGAAGGCCUUCCGCUAAUGGUAAAAGACUUCCGUCAAAGGAUCUCGGAUGAGUAA